CCAUCUUUUUGAACAGGCAACGACAAAGGACAGCCGUGCGCCAUAACGAAAGACCCCAGAAAGAGCCAAGAUGGCUGCGCCCCUGACAGACGCCGGGGAGUUUGAAGUGUGGCUGCAGGAGCGUCUGGACUCUCUGGAGCUGGACCGGGAGGUGUACGGGGCCUACAUCUUAGGAGUGCUGCAAGAAGAGGAGAGCGACGAGGAGAAAGAGGACGCGCUUCAAGGGAUUCUGUCGGCUUUUCUGGACGAGGACUCCGUGGAAGAUGUCUGCAAACAGAUCAUCAAGCAUUGGACAGAGUGGCGCAACCGUUCGGCAGCCAAGAGAAACGCCGAUGAUGCUGAGGUCCAGGCCAUCGCCAGCAUGAUAGAAAAACAAGCUCAGAUUGUGGUGAAACACAAGGAGGUGUCGGAAGAGUCGAAGAAAAGGAAAGAAGCCCUGCUCGCUCAGUACGCUAACAUAACGGACGAAGAGGAUGAAGCUGAGGAAGAGGAGCCAACAAGUGGAAGUAACUGUGUUGGGAAUGAUAAAUCCCUGUUUAAGAACACCAACGUGGAAGAGGUGAUGAGCAGACAAAAGCAAAAGCGGGACCAGGCUCGCGAAGACGCUCACAAGAAGAAGGAAACGGACAAGAUGCAGCGAGAGAAGGACAAACUAGCCAAACAAGACAGAAAAGAGAAGGAGAAGAAGCGUACACAAAAAGGCGAACGCAAAAGAUAAAACCGAGAGACGGGGACACUUUAUACGUGGGAAGAUUUUGCUACAAGACAAGAAUGAAAAACACGGUCAUCGCCUCUUUUUAACUAAACCCCACUGGCACCUUCAGUAUGCUAACAUGUCGUCAUCAGACCCUCCUUGUUAAUCACUUGCUUCAACUCGUUAUAGGGAAUCUUUAAAUGAUUACAUUUGUGACUGAGUCGGUUUUAUGUCACUGAUCUCUGCUAAUGUGUUGUUUGAAACAUGUAAUGCUUUGACACAGUUGCCCCUGAAAUGAUGAUAUCCGAUUGUAAAGCGACUCAGUCCACACAGUUUCUGCUGUUUCUCCUCUGUGCCGUCAUCCUGCAAAUGCCUUUUGUCACUACACAACGUCUAAGUAAAGGCAAACGUUCACGUCAGACUGUUUUUGCUUUCAUUCAUAGUUUUAGGUUUUACCGUCAAUGCAUUAUGUCUGAGAAUCAGAACAAAGGAGCGGUCUCUAAAGUAUACCUCGAAUAUAUCAUGUACCACCAUUUGAAUGUUUAUAAUGAGGUUCAACAUCUUUUUAAAUUAAUAAAAAAAAACAAACCUUCAAGCCA